AUGGGGUUUAGUUUAGCACUGGAAAAUAAGCAAGUCUUGACUGUGCCUCAAAGAUGUGAAGAGGAUACCAACACUUUUCUCUGGGAAAUUAACCAGGAGUCACCAAAGGAAUAUGCUGUUCUCAUGUAUGAUGCAUUUGGAAAGAUGGGUAGCAAUGUUGAAGGAGGUAAUGUCAACCAGCCUGGCUCGCUGCAGCGGUGUCACUCUGCCCACAGCCCCACCUUCUCUGGACAGUACUGCCAGGUGUUCCUUCGGCAGGAAUCAGUCCAGUACUUUGUGGGUAUUUGUGUUCCUGACUCCUGCAGGGAAGAGGAUGUGGAAACGCUGGUGCUGUACGGGAGACUUCAGUUUGGUCAGACUUCCCUCAUUCCUCCUUUACCUUCCAUCCUGGUCAAUCAAUCCACGCAGGAGAUGAUCAUGACCCACUGUUUGUCCAGAGCCAUUGCCCCAGAUGCAUCAGAUGUCGUCUGUCUGUUUGUGUGUUGCUUAAUGAUAGCAAUUCCUCUUGCAGCUACCUUGUUCACCACCAUAAUAAGGUGGCAUAGGAACAGGGAGGUCAGUCCAUCUGUGGAGUCUUUCUGUUUAAACACUGGCCUCAAUCUUUAUGGGACCCUGAAGACCAAUGGCUCCUCAAGCAGCGAAAUGAAAAGCAGUACCAACGAGGAAAAUGAUAGCACCAGCCACACACCGCUGUGUUUUCCUCGAAGCUGUGUGAACCGGUGCCUGCAGGCAUUUUCUCUACAGAAUACAAGCCAAGGUGUCUUGACAACCUUCUCAGGAGGAGGUUACUCCUCCCUGAAUGGUAUCCGCUCUCUCAGCCUGUUAUGGAUCAUAUGUGGCCACUCUACACAGUUCUCUGUAAUAAAUAACUUGGAUAACUACAAAGACUGGAAGAAAACAGUAGAAAGAAGCCCUCUUUAUGUGUUUGCCAUCAGUGGACCUGUUUUUCUGGCCGUAGACACCUUUUUACUGCUAGGGGGACUGCUCAGUGCCAAGACUCUGAUGAGCUCCAUCAGCAGGGCUGAGGACAAACUGAGCACCUGUUUGGUGGCCAACUAUAUCUUCAAGAGGAUUAAAAGGGUUCAGCCACUGCAUCUGUUCAUUAUGUGUCUAACCAUUGGCCUCAUCUCUUUGAUCAAGUGGGGACCCUACUGGUUCCCACUUAUAGAGACAAUGAUGGAUUGUAAGACGUACUGGUGGGCUAACAUACUACUGAUUAACAAUCUCCUCCCAGUCCAUGAGAUAUGCAUUCCUUGGACAUGGUACUUGUCUCUUGACUUCCAGUGUUAUGCCACCACUCCUCUGUUGCUCUAUUUUUACAGAUUGAACAAAGGUAUGUUUGCGGCGGUGGCAGGAGGCCUGCUGCUGAUGACUACUGUCGCUGGUGUUGUUAUAACUGCACUCAUGCAGCUGCCAGUCUUUGAGCCAUCUACAAUGACAUCUUAUAAUUAUGUUUUACAUUACUAUCUGAAACCUUACACAAGAUAUGGGCCAUUUUUAAUUGGGAUCUUGACUGGAAUACACUUGAUGACAAAGAAAGAUCAGCUCUUAAAGCGAAAGUGGCAGGCAGCACUUGGUUGGUUGUGCUGUCUUUUACUCAUGGCUGUGUUGGUUGGAUUGGCCUACGUCCUCAGGGAGACUCCAUCCUAUCCAUCUGUGCCACAUGCCCUCUAUCAAGGACUGCACAGACCACUCUGGGCUUUAUCUGUGACCUGGAUCAUACUCGCCUGUGAGGAGGGUUACGGAGGUUUUAUUAAGAGCUUCCUGUCAUGGGGUCUCUGGGUUCCACUCUCCAACAUUAGUUUUGCAUGCUAUCUGUCACAUCCUGUCUUCAUCAUCCUCUACAUUGGCUUGCAAGAGACCCCAAUCCACUACACAGACUUAAACUUCAUGUACCUUUUCCUUGGCCACCUGGUACUGACGCUGGUGGUGAGCUACGUGUUGACUGUGCUGGUUGAGAAGCCCUACCUCCUUCUAAAAUGCGGCCGUACAUAGAUGGAAGUCAGAACACAACAGAAAACCUA